GUAGAACAGCAAUGGCCACCCAGAAGUUGUCUUCUAAUCUAGGGCCUUUCUAUACAGUUUCGAAAUUAUAAUCAGCGUUGCCUAGCUGAUACGAAAAGUUAUCCGCAUCUUAUCUAGCGUCUAAUAUUUACAAGACUGUCCAAACUUUUAAAGCUUUUAUAUCACACAAUCUUCGACAUUAAAAAGAGUCUUCCACAUAAUAUUCGUUCAUUAAUAAAGGGUAAUAAUGAGUUUCGCGCCAUCGAAUUCAGUUAGGUGAAAGCUGAAUUUAUACCACCAUCUUUGACGUACAGCCGCCAUCAUUUGCAAAAAUACAAAUACUGGACGGCACAUUUUUAAAGCGAAUACAUCAUGCCUCAGAGAUUACAGGAGCUUUUACAACUAAAAAGGAUCAGAUAAUGAGAGAAAACUGAGAUACUUUUAUCCGUGCAAGUUCAUGUUCACUUGCUCGAAUAGAUCAUCGAGCAAAUAACUCUCCUCUAAAAUUACAGGUAAAACAUGGCGGGAAUAUCCGUUCCCUGGUCCGAAACACCUCCCCCACCAUUACCGACCCCACCCCAGCAGCAUCAUUCCCGAUCUACAGAAGAUCUGAGUCAAAACUCACAACACUGCGAUUCUACAGAAGAUGCUUCCCCGACAUCGGGCCGGCGGGGAUCAAGAUCACCUGCCGGCAGUCCCAUCGUACAUCACACGGCCGAUGCUAUCCAAAUUGCCUAUUCAGCUGCCGUGGAGUCAUCGGGGGAGCCAAUGACAGUCAUUCGAGGUCUCAAAACUCUAAGUCCUGAUCACACACAAGCUGGAGAACAAUUAGUAUAUCAAACUCUAGGAGACAAUAAUGGCUUUAUGGGACAGUAUGGCGUCAGUUAUGUUGGAAGUUAUAGUCCGACACCGACUUCAUCUACUCCUGGUGGAUCAACAUCUCCCUAUAGUUAUUUGAAAAGUGCUUCCUGUUACGAAAAUGUACAAAUGGUCCAUGCUUAUGAAAGUGAUAAUCCCAGAGCUAUAUCUCCUCAAAGUGUUGUAUACAGCCCAAUUUUUCAACAUCCUUCACAAGAGGUGAACUAUGCUAGCACUCUUCCCAUGUGGGGCGCUCUUAACAAUAACAACGCAGGCACUUAUUCUGGCUUGGGAAGCCCCAUUUUAGAGAAUAAUGAAGUGAGCGCUAAUGGAAGGGGCAGUUAUAGCAGUUACGUAAGCUCACCUUACUUACUGACGUCAGCAGAGAAUGCUUGGUCGACUUUACCUUCUAUGACUACGUCUUCGUACCUACAAGAUGGCAGAAGAUCUCAAUAUAGUGAUCCACCACCAGAAUAUGGUAGAAUCAGUGAAGCAAUACAACAUCAGUGUGCGAUGUGUGGCACCACCGACAGUACUCCUUGGAGAAGAGACAGUACUGGACAGUAUGUGUGUAAUGCUUGUGGGAUCUGCAAAAAUGGAAUUACCUCUAGGGCUAGUGCUAUAAGGCCUCAAAGAAGGCUGGUAAGACAUAAUUCAUUAUUGUGUAUUAUCCCAAAGGAUGUAACGUAAAGUAACAACCAUUCU